AUGGCAGAUCGCCGACUUCAAGAUCUGGGGGACGAACAACCGACUCCUCAGUGCCUGCAGAGGAUCCAGCACGACCUGGCAGAGCUGAACGCCGACCCACCGACGGGCGUGUUCGUCUCGACCGAAGAGAACGACAUGACCCUGCUGCACGCCGUAAUCGUGGGUUCCUGGGGCACGCCAAUCGAAGGCGGCUUCUUCCGCCUGGUGCUCAAGUUCCCGCACGACUACCCUUCGCGGCCGCCUCGCGUUCGCUUCUUGACCGGCGUGGGCAAGGCGUCCUUUAGCGGCCACAUCUACAGCGAGCUCGUGUGCCUUAGCGUACUCGGCACAGCUCCCGGACCGAGUUGGAACCCCGCGAUGAACAUUGGCAGUCUGCUCGUCUCCAUUCAGUCCUUCCUGGCCGACGGCGCUUCGGAACGCAUGCGCUACAACACCGUCAGCAUCGCCGUGUGUGACACGCUCGAAGAUUGCCUGCAGAACACAGACUCGCCUUCGGUGUGCCUCUGCUCUGUCCAGCAGAUGCUCAAGUACUUCGCUUGA